CAAGAUAUUUAUUUCGUUGUGGCGAUGAUUGUAAUCAUAAAAAAAAGAUAUUUAUAGUUCUUUUAAAACAGUGAGAGGUGUGAUAAUUGCGUGAACUGUAAACUAGCUAAUAAAACAACAGUGCCGGCUUAAUUAGCGCUAAUUAUUGGUCGAAUCCUAAACGGACAAAUAGUGCGCUGGGUAUGGUCCGGAAACCGUCGUGUGUACACAGGAAUACGAAGUGUGCUCAAGAAGGGAAGUAGGGAGUGAUUUGGGACGCGGCCAACGUCAUGUUCACUUCAGUGCGAGGCUCGAGAUGUGGACUGUAACGUGGAGUGUUUGGGUUCUGUUAGUUUUCUGCUCGGUGUUUGGAGAAAGGCAACCAAGGCCGGUGUACUCAUGUGGUGGAAACAUGACUGGAACCUCGGGCCUCAUUGGGAGUCAGGGUUACCCCGGAGUUUACCCCCCCAACACCAAAUGCGUGUGGAGAAUCACGGUGCCUCAGGGUAAAGUGGUGUCCCUCACCUUCCGCUCCCUCGACCUCGAGAGCGACGGACUUUGCCGCUACGACUACGUGGAUGUGUACGACGGGUUCGUUAAAAGCCAGCGACUCGGACGCUUCUGUGGUUCCGCCCGGCCCGGAGCGCUGAUCUCCAACCACAACAGGAUGCAAGUCGUGAUGGUUUCGGAUGCCAACACGGCCGGGAGCGGCUUCCUGGCCGGAUACGCCGCUGUUCAUCCGAACGCGAGGGGGGAGAGGUACUGCGGCGGACUCCUGGACAAACCCUCAGGAACAUUCAUGACCCCUAACUGGCCCGACAGAGACUAUCCUCCAGGGGUCACCUGCUCGUGGCAUAUCGUAGCACCUGAGCACCAGGUAAUAGAGCUGAUGUUUGAGAAGUUCGAUGUGGAGAGGGAUAACUACUGCCGCUACGAUCACAUGGCGGUUUACAACGGUGCGGAUCCGAGCGACGCCAGUAGGAUCGGGAAGUUCUGCGGCGACAGCCCUCCUGUGCCGAUCUUCUCCGAGGGCAGCCACCUUUUCAUCCAGUUCGUCUCUGAUCUCAGCCUCACCGCAGAUGGCUUCAUCUGUCAUUACACGUUCAAGUCGAAGAACUCCACCAUCGCAGGUUCCCCGGUUCCCGUUACCGCACCCGCUCCCACCUCAGCGCACCCCGUCGCACUGACGUAUUCCGAAUCUCUCUGCAAGCAGAAGUGCAAGAGGAGCGGAACAAUCGAAAGUCAUUACUGCUUAAGCAACUUCGUGCUGACGGGAACGCUCGUCUCGGCUGCCAUGAGGGAACACAGCGUGCUCGCCACCUUCUCCAUCGCCAACCUGUACAAGGAAGGAAACCUGUCCAUCCAGCAGGCUGGAAAGAGCAUGAGCACUAAAGUCGUUAUCCUGUGUAAGAAAUGCCCUUUAGUCAGGAGAGGUCUGAACUACAUCGUCAUGGGUCACGUCGACGAGCAGGGAUAUGGCGUAGUUUCGCCACACAGUUUUGUGAUUGCCUUCAAGACUAAGAAGCAGAGAGACCUGGCUGUCUUGAGUAAUGUCCGUUGCUGACGGUCAUGCGGCGGCCAUGUUGGAUUUGCAGUCUCAUCAGAUCACACCACAUUUACACACCACAGUGGAAUAACAUAUUCUUCAGGCCAUACACCGAUCAGGCAUAACAUUAUGACCACUGACAGGUGAAUUGAAUACGACUGAGUAUCUCCUCAUCAUGGCACCUGUUAGUGGGUGGGAUAUAUUAGGCAGCAAGUGAACAUUUUGUGUGGACAAUGGACAAGGAUUAGAGCGAGUUUGACAAGGACCAAACUGUGAUGGCUAGACCACUGGAUCAGAGCAUCUCCAAAACUGCAGCUCUUGUGGGGUGUUCCUGGUCUGUAGUGGUCAGUCUCUAUCAAAAGUGGUCCAAGGCACACAGGGAGUGAAGGCUGGUCCAUGUGAUCAGAUCCAACAGACGAGCUACUGUUGCUCAGAUUGAUGAAGUAGUUAAUGCUGGUUCUGAAAGAAAGGUGUCAGAAUACACAGAGCAUGGCUGUUUUGGCAGCACCAACACAAUAUUAGGCAUGUGGUCAUAAUGUUAUGCCUGAUCGGUGUAAGUCUUCUUCGAGAGGUGAUCAGUAUGUUGAUUUGUUAUAUAUGUGACUAUCCACUUUAUUCGGAAUACAUUCGUGCAGUUAUCUAAUCAGCCAAUCAUAUAACGGCAGUGCACUACAGCAUAUAAAAUCAUACGGAUACAUGUUAAUAUUCACAUUAAACAUCAGAAUGGUGGCUGGUGCCAGAUGGACUGGUUUGAGUAUUUUCAUAAAGUUGAUCGUCUGAGAUUUUCACACACAAUAAAGUCUAGAGUUUAGACAGAAUGGUGUGGAAAAGCAGGGAAUAUCUGCAUCCUCACUGAUCAAAGAGAUCAGAGGAGAAUGACCAGACUGCCUGAGCUGACAGGAAGGAUAUACACUAUUUUGCCAAAUGUUUUGGGACACCCCUCCAAAUCAUUGAAUUCAGGUGGUGUUGUUCAGGGGAUGGUCUCGGCCCCUUAGUUCCAGUGAAAGAAACUCUUAAUGCUUCAGCUUCAUACGGAGACAUUUUGGACAAUUUCAUGCUUUGUGGGAACAGUUUGGGGAUGACCCCUUCCUGUUCCAACAUGACUGCACACCAGUGACCAAAGCAAGGUCCAUAAAGACAUGGAUGAGUGAGUUUGGUGUGGAGGAACGUCACAGAGUCCUGACCUCAACCCCAUAGAACACCUUUGGGAUGAAUUAGAGCGGAGACUGAGAGCCAGACCUUCUCGUCCAACAUCAGUGUCUGACCUCACAAAUGUGCUUCUAGAGGAAUGGUCAGAAAUUCCCAUAAACACACUCCUAAACCUUGUGGAAAGCCUUCCCAGAAGAGUUGAAGCUGUUAGAGCUGCAAAGGGCGGGGUUACAACUCCAUAUUACAUUCAUGUACAUGUAAAGGCCGAUGUCCCAAAACUUUUGGAAAUGUAGUGUAGUAACUUGGAUAAUCACUCUACAACCAUGGUGAGCAGAAAAGCUCAAAAACCACAUCAUCAAUGUUCCUAAUAAAGUGGAUGGUAUGUAUGAUCAGGUAAAUUAAUUUCAAAAGGGUUCACCUAUCAAUUAGCAUUCAUUUAUGUCUAUAUUUUAUUUAUACAUGCUGUACAUCUCUACUGUCAUUUGUCUAUGAACAUAAAAAUAACAUUGAAACUGUAUAUUUAGGUGUUUUUUUUUAAUCAUUAGUAUGUAUGUUUUGUGAAUCCAGAACAUAAUAGAAAUAUUUUUGUGAAUUUUGUACAAGCUUUGCAGGAUCUGAGGAUCUCAAAAGUCACCAGAAAUGAAGUGCUAAAUGCUGAAAUUGUAUCCUGGCCAGCCCUUUUGGAUAAAAGGAUAAAAGCAUCUGACUAAAAAUAAAUAAAUAUGAAUGCAGUGGACUAAACCCAAUAGUGAAGAACUGCCUCUUGUGGCAAAGAACAAUAUUUACAUGAACGAUUGCUUUUUUUUUUUCUUUUUUUUUUUUUAGCCAAAGAAUGAACAGAGCUGGAGCGAGAAAUCAAAAAAAGGGGUCGAAGAAGCUUUCAGAAUAAUUACACUGUGUUGUAUUUAGUUGACUCGGGCGUGUAAGUGGGUGCGCUUAUCUUGGUUCCAAUGAUAUUGAAUUUUGGAAACAAUGUGUGCAGUCCAUUUCUCAAAGGAUUUCCAAAAGCUUCCAAGUACACAGAAGAGCAGCAUGUGGCAUCUUUCCAUCCUCUGAAUGUCUAGACAUUUGCUGUUUUGCAAAAAAAAUGUUUUUGUAUUAAGUCCUCCACUCUGAGGUAUCUGGGCCAAAUUAGUAAUUAUAAUAGUAACUAUCAUUAUCUCACAUUUUUAUGAAGUUGUUUAAUUAUUACAAAAAUUAGACCUCUGUUAAAAAAGUAUAGUGUGUGUGAUAGCUUAAUAAAGAACUGGAUGUGGUACAUACACUAUUGUCAAAAGUUU